AUGCUACUAGUAAAAGCUCAACAUCAAGAAACACAAAAUUUACAUCAAAUCCCUUUAGCAAAUAAAGAAACUUCUCAUCAGGCCUCUAUUUGUGCUGCACUUGAAUUUCUUGAAGCUCAAAAAACUAGCUCAACACCACCUUUAAGUGUUCAUAAAGUCGCUUUUGAGUUUGGUCUUGCUGAUCAAACCUUAUGUAAUGCAAUACAAAAUAGUGUUCCUAAUCAUCGUGUAAUUCAUGAGCGUUGUGGAGAUGCAAUGUACGAAGCUCCUGAUAUACAUUCAUUUACUACAUGUCAGAAUGGAUUUGGUUACAAAACUCCACCUAUGGGAUGGAAUCCUUAUAAUGCUUUUGGUCUUAAUUAUAAUGAAGCAACAAUUAAGCAGCAAGCAGAUAUUAUAGCUAGUGAAGGCUAUUUGGAAGUCGGUUAUAGAUAUAUAAAUCUUGCUCUUGCAGACUAUAUACAUGAUAAAGGUUUACUUUUUGGAAUUUAUUCAGAUGCUGGAACUAAUACUUGUGGUGGUCUUCCUGGAUCACUUGACCACGAAAAUAUAGAUGCACUAACAUUCGUAGAAUGGGGUGUUGAUUAUUUAAAGUACGAUAAUUGUUAUAAUCAAGGAAUACCUGCACAACAACGUUAUAAAGUAAUGGGAGAUGCUCUUAAGUCGGUAACCGCAGGCAAAAAUAAGACUAUUUACUAUAGCAUCUGUGAAUGGGGAAAAAAUGAACCUUGGUUAUGGGGACAUAGUGUUGGAGGCAAUAGAACAACUGAUGACAUUAGUGCAUCCUGGGAUUCGAUCGUAACAAUAAUAGAUUCACAAAUAAGUAUUACAGAAUAUGGAAAGCCAGGAGGUUGGAAUGAUCCUGAUAUGCUUAUAUUGGAUUCUAAUAAAAUAACUUAUGAUGAACAAGUAACACAUUAUGUAUUUUGGUCCGCCAUGAAGGCCCCUUUACUACUUGGAUAUGAUCAAGAUUCUCUUGGAUUAUCUGUAUGUCAGGUUUACUAUCAAAGAGAAAAUAUAACUUAUUUUGAUAUUUGGACUGGACCACUUAGUAAUGGAUAUGUUGCAAGUACUAUUGAGGUUUAUGACCUUGUAAAACAACAAUCUAGAGAAAAGUUUACAAAUAAUAAAUAUUCCAAACAUGGCGUAGAAUUUAUAAAACUUACUGGUGGAAAUAUUAUUGACAAUAAUCGUCCAUGUCUUAAUUAUUCACAAAGUGCAUAA